UAUUUUAGUUGGAGGGAGAAAAGAGGAGAGGAGAUAAUAAAUUUUUUUGUUUGACAAGAGGAAUUGGAGAUGACAACAGGGUGGGUUUGAAUGAAGAAGAGAAAUAAGAAGUGAAAGGAUAGCAAAUUAUAAUUAUAAAGAUAUCAUAAUAUAGUAAUAUGUAUCAUUCCAUCAGUCUAUUUUUUUACAAAAAAAAAAAAAAGAAAUUAUCACUCUUUCCUAAUUUUUCAUUCAUCCUGUUUUCAGUCUUUUCUAUCAAACAGAACCUUAAUUGUACAUAAUUUCUCAAAAAAAAAAACAAUUGUCUUCUUUGUGCACCUUGUUAAUUGAAUCCUUAAACAAAACACAUGCUAAACGAAAGUUAGAAAUCAGGGGUAUUAAAGUCUUUUGUGAAAUUUGACCAAAAUUUACAUAAAGCUCCAUUGAUGAAGAUGAUCGAGUAUGAAGCUUGCGCGUUCUUCUUACUGUAACCCUAAGUACCACUGUAUUGUUCACACUGGUUCUCCGGCCUGGCCCAUCAUUUAGAAGACCAGUGUUCAUGGCUCGAAGCUUCAUUUUGUGGCUUCACGGCCGUGGCGACUCUGGACCCGCGAACGAACCCAUUAAGAACUUAUUUACUUCACCCGAGUUCAGGAACACAGUCUGGUCCUUCCCUUCUGCGCCUCCGAACCCAGUCACCUUCUAUAAUGGAGCUAUAAGUCCUUCAUGGUUUGACAUUCACGAGGUUCCGAUUACUGCUGAUUCACCAAAAGAUGAAAUUAGCUUGGUUAAAGCUGUAGAGAAUGUACAUAAGAUGAUUGACAAAGAGAUAGCUGCUGGCACUAAUCCUAAUAAUAUAUUUGUGUGUGGAUUUAGUCAAGGAGGUGCUCUGACACUGGCAAGUGUUCUUCUGUACCCAAAAACUCUGGGGGGAGGUGCAGUAAUCAGCGGAUGGGUCCCCUUUAAUCCAUCAUUGAUUGAUCAAAUUUCACCAGACGCCAAGAGGACACCUAUUUUGUGGUUACAUGGAAUGGAUGACGAAAGGGUACUGUUUAAGGCAGGACUAGCUGGCCCCCCUCUCCUUGAAAAUGCUGGUAUAAGUUGUGAGUUUAAGCCUUAUCCUGGUCUUACUCAUACAAUAAUCAGUGAAGAGUUUGAGUAUCUGGAGUCAUGGAUCAAAACUCGUCUGCAAUGUUCUUCUUAGAGAUUUUAAUUUCAUUACUGCUGAGCAUCAUCAUAUCAAAGGGAAAAACUUUCCAACAACUUUUCUGGGGCUGAUAUUCUGUUGCUUGUUUAUAUGAAUAUAAAUUUUAUUUUUAAAAACAACUUUCACCGACCUGGUAGUAUUGUAUAUUGUAUCAAUAAUUGCAAGAACGCCAACGUUGUUGGAAAUUCUUUAUUA